AUGGCAGACUCGUUGAUUGGAAACGUCACUUCCGAGUUUCAUGCACGAGGAAGUGCGGGAGAAAACAUGAAAUAAGUUUAGGGGGAAUUAUAUUCUUUCAAGAAACCCAGCAGAUUCUGUGUAGCUCUGUGAAGGUCUUUUUCUAGAACUAUAGCGUUUGCAUUUUGGCUGUGAAGGUUUGUUGUUAUAAUCACCCUGCUCAAAUUCACAUACAGCCAUGCGUGAAGAUCCCUGGCUGAAAGGGGAAAUGGUGGCCAUUCUUCAGGGUGGAUUCUUGCUGGCAAACAAACUCUGUGAGGCGGCGUCUCUUGAUGCUGCAAAAAAGGAAGAGUGGGGCACCGUCGGCCGCCCCAUAAUCGACUCCAUCAAAGAAGUGUGUGGCCAAGGACACAGCGAGAGCGACAAACAGACCUACUGGGGGAAGAGAGUACUGUGCAUCAUCUGGAGCAAGCUUCUGGAGAAAGAGAGAGCAAAAGAUGUCGAAACAAGCUGGAAGGAAAACGAGCUGUUCUCUGUCCUCAGCCAGCUACCGGACGUAAACCGAACAGUGCUUUUUGAGGUGAUCAAGUCUAUGGACUUCUGUAAACUGUACAUGGAGCUGCUUUUGUGUCUUCCACCAAACGACUUGUGCGUGGAGGUGGAGCGUCUGGUUGAGUACGUCAGCAAGGACACCUCUGCUGAGGACGUGCGUCUCCUGAUGGAAGUGUGGAGAGGGCUGUGGAGAGGCGACUGGGGAGGAACUGGGGAGACCUUCAGUAGCAUCUUUACAGAGCAGUUCAGUGACACGCAGUCCCAACCCUCCAAAAGAACAAAGCUGGACCCAGACACUUUGUCCUCUAGCGACAGUGCCAUGGCUCAUUUAUUUCGGGCUGUGAGGGAAAUCAAAGAUGUCAUGAAUUCCCCGGACGAAUGCUGCCUCGCGCUCUCCAACUGCCUUGACUCCCUUUACUCCUCAUACGUUUUACAAUGUCGGGUCAAACUCUCUGCUCGAGAAAAACUGGAGAGGCUGUCGGUGGAGGUUGCGCGCAGAAAAGAGUGCAACUCCACCGAGAGGUUCGACCUGGUGAAGGCAAUUUGUGAGGCUCAGAAAGACCUGGCAGCUGUCGAGACGCCGUCAAAAGUUAAGCCAGCUGGACUGACUCUCACCAAGGCUGUCGAGACCAUUCUUUGCCUUCUACAGGUUUGGGAGGAUAAAGGACUGCUGAAAGCCGGCGAGAACUUCGAUCACUGUAGGAACACAGUGGCACUUAGCCACAGCAUACACAGAGUGCUUCUGUCUUUGGAAAAUUACCCGGCACAGGAAACUGAACUGAAGGAGACUAUAAAUAGACUCAAAAAUGCCUUGAAGAAAAUAUCAGAGUUUUUGAUUGUCAAUGAGCCAACAAAAAAGUCCUCUGAAAUGGCAUCUAUCGCUAUGGCCGUCAUUGACAACCGUCUGGAGGGGUUUCAGCUGUUUGCGCCGUUGUUUGUUGCUGAGUUCAGCUGGGCUCUCGAUGGCAGUGAAUGGAUCAGUUGUCUUGAGAGAAACAAAACUGUGUUCAAACAAAGAGAACUUUUAAUGAAGUUAGUUUCCAUUCUCAUUGCCAAAUGCCAAACAGACGAAGACACCCAGCACUGCAAGCGCCUCAAAGACCUUCUCGUUGUGCUUUUCUGUGAACUGUCAAUGUCAGACAAGAAUGAUGCUCUAGGUGACAUGAUUAAGCUUUCUACAAAGGGGCUGCACGGGCAUCUACCACAGGCUUUAACGGCAGGAUUUAGUGAGGAGCUUAAUUUGGCAUUCAACCGCACCAUCCAGGGAGGAGCAAAGAGUAACCUUGACUCGGCCGCCUCGGCCAUAGCCCGUGUCGCCUUUCAAAACCCUGAGGCCACGCUGCGUCAGUGCUGCCAGCUCGCAGUGGUGAAUCUGGGAGCUCACGUCCACCUUUCCAAAAUCCUGAAACGGCUCCCUGGUCUGGGUGCUCAGCAACCAAUCAGCGGGGAGAGGGGGAAGUCCGGCGGUGAGAGCUUGCUAUGCCGCUGCAUGCAGGACAUCGUCGCAGACAGACUGUCGUCUUCUCAAGAGCAAGAGCAGUUCCUCCAGUUCCUGGUGGCCCUGAUGGAACCCCCUAGUGGUGACUUGGGGAAAGGCUUUGUCUCGCCCCAUGAAAUAUUUCAGGCCUUCAUCCUGCCGUGCCUCGCCCGCCCGAGAUCACACCCCUUCAGCCUGGAGCUGUGCUUGAGGCUCCUCCAGUCCACUCUGCUUCUGAAACCUCCGAGUGAUGGGUCCACUCAUUGGAUCAUGGGCUGCUCACCUUUCCCUCUCCUUUACUGCCUCUGCCAGCUACUGAGCAACAGCAGCAGAUGCUGGGAAAAUGACGAUGACGACGACACCUCAGAAGCUGCGCACGUGUCCAUGGAGGCCAAAGAGGUUCUCACUUCUGUCAUAGGCACAUUGAGUGAAGCGGUGGGCGAGGAGGUGACGGCUUCCCCCAGCACCUGGUCCAGAGCCCUCUUCUGGCUCUACAGCAAAGUGGAGGCCCUCGAGUGGACUGUGCGUUUUCAUCUGAAGGCGUUGUGGGGAGAUCACUUCAAGAACGAGGUGCCCAGUGCUCUGCUGGAGGUGUGCGAGUUGCCAGAGCAAGAGUGGUCUGGCACGAAGCUGGCUCAGUACGGACAGGGAACGGGGCUUGUGGCGUGGCUGGAGUGCUGCGCUCUAUCCGAUCCCAUUCAGAAGACGAUGCUGGACCACUUGUCUCUGGACGUAGAGUCACCGGACACUGUCGGCAUGUUCAGCAAAGGCCUGCUGGUGGCUCUGUCUCAGACGCUGCCCUGGUGCACUCUCGGGGAGUGGGCGAGAAUCGUGCGAGCGGUGAAGCAGCUCCUGUUGUCCGGACGACUGCACGUGCCUUACUCCCUGGAGUACGUGGAGUUCCUGCCUCUGCUGGACUUGCGGGCGUUUGCCUACGAGCUGCGGAUGUCUGUGCUGCUGCUGCGCGUGUUCCAGCUGCUCUGCGGCGCCAGCUGUGCCGACUGGCUUCCUCCGCCGGGCUGGGCGCACGUGGCCCGACUGUACGCCAGCACCGUCAGGGAGGCCCUGGACUCGCUCAGAACCAAAGUCCAAGCGGAUGUCCCAAAGUCUGGCGGAGAGGGUGUCCAAACUGGCAACAACCAAUUGGAAGCCUCGAGGCCUGGUGGAGAGGGAGGUACACAGGAGGGACUGUUUGUUCUGAGCCAGCUGUUCUGCCACGUCAUGCACGUGCAGGUGAUGACGCCAGGGGGUCAGACCGAGCCUCUGUUCCUGUGUGCGCUGGAGAUUCUGACCAUUUACGAGGCGAUUCAGGGAGCAACCACACAUUCCAAAAUGGCCUCAUCUGUUGAGAGCGAGAACACAAGGCACUUUCUCAAAACCAUCACAGAUAACCUACACAAUGAGCACAUGAAAUCUGUCCUCCAGCAGAAGAUUGCCCAGCUUUAAUGGAAUGUUUUAAUGGAAUGUUAAUGGGUUUUUUUUUUCAUUUUGGUGGGCUGUUUUAUUUUCCACUGACCAUUUCAUUAUCUGUAGAGUUUUUGCUCGGAGGGGACAAAUAAACACAAA